GGGCGUAGCGGGGCCACGCCCCCACGUCGGGCCGCUUCCCCCUCCCCUCCGAUCUUCCUCAGUCUUCGGUGUCACAGAAGCUCGGAGCGCCGGACUGCAACUCGCACGACGCAGCGCGUUAAAGAGCCAUGGCAGAAAGCGCCGGCUUGGAGAACCAUCGCAUCAAGAGCUUCAAGAACAAGGGCCGCGAUGUCGAGACUAUGAGAAGACAUCGGAAUGAAGUCACAGUGGAGCUGAGAAAGAACAAAAGAGAUGAGCACCUGUUGAAGAAGAGAAAUGUACCACAAGAGGAAGGUCUGGAGGAUUCAGACGUCGAUGCUGAUUUCAAAGGGCAAAAUGUGACCCUAGAUGCCAUUUUACAGAAUGCCACCAGUGACAAUGCAGUGGUGCAGCUCAGCGCGGUCCAAGCAGCCAGGAAACUACUUUCCAGUGAUCGGAAUCCCCCCAUCGAUGACUUAAUAAAGUCGGGAAUCCUUCCCAUCCUGGUGAAAUGCCUGGAGAGGGAUGACAAUCCUUCCUUGCAGUUUGAAGCAGCGUGGGCGCUCACGAACAUCGCAUCUGGGACAUCGGCUCAGACUCAGGCUGUAGUCAAAUCCAAUGCUGUACCGCUCUUCCUGCGGCUCCUGCAGUCCCCCCACCAGAACGUGUGCGAGCAGGCCGUCUGGGCGCUCGGCAACAUCAUCGGAGAUGGCCCGCAGUGCAGAGACUACGUCAUCUCCCUGGGCGUGGUCAAGCCCCUCCUGUCCUUCAUCAACCCCUCCAUUCCCAUUACCUUCCUGCGCAACGUCACCUGGGUCAUUGUCAACCUGUGCAGGAACAAAGACCCCCCCCCACCCAUGGAGACUGUGCAGGAGAUCUUACCUGCCCUCUGCGUCCUGAUAUACCACACAGAUAUCAACAUCUUGGUGGACACAGUAUGGGCGCUCUCGUACCUGACGGACGGAGGUAACGAACAGAUUCAGAUGGUCAUCGACUCGGGCGUGGUUCCCUUCCUUGUGCCAUUGUUAAGCCACCAGGAGGUCAAAGUUCAGACAGCUGCACUUAGGGCAGUAGGCAACAUCGUAACGGGCACGGAUGAGCAGACACAAGUGGUGCUCAACUGUGACGUGCUCUCCCACUUCCCCAACUUACUCACGCACCCCAAGGAGAAGAUAAAUAAGGAGGCAGUAUGGUUCCUGUCCAACAUAACAGCUGGGAACCAGCAACAAGUGCAGGCUGUGAUUGACGCCGGUCUCAUCCCCAUGAUCAUCCACCAGCUGGCCAAGGGUGAUUUUGGCACGCAGAAGGAGGCAGCUUGGGCAAUUAGCAACUUGACAAUAAGUGGAAGGAAAGAUCAGGUGGAGUACCUGGUCCAGCAGAAUGUUAUACCACCCUUCUGUAACCUCCUCUCGGUGAAGGACUCUCAGGUCGUCCAGGUAGUUCUUGAUGGGCUUAAGAACAUCCUGAUAAUGGCAGGGGAGGAGGCCAGCACGAUUGCGGAGAUUAUCGAAGAGUGUGGAGGUCUGGAGAAAAUAGAGAGCCUUCAGCAGCAUGAAAAUGAGGAUAUCUACAAGUUAGCGUUUGAAAUUAUCGACCAGUACUUUUCAGGGGAUGAUAUUGACGAGGAUCCCAGUCUGAUCCCAGAAGCCACCCAAGGCGGCACCUUCAACUUUGACCCCACCUCCAGCCUGCAGACCAAGGAGUUCAAGUUCUAGAGCAGAUGUGCGGGUCGCCCCGCUGUCCUGCACUUCAUCACCUUCAGAACAUCAUGACAGACCCACUAACCUGAACCAUAUACCGUCGCCGCUGCCGACGACCCUAAAUAUCACAGAAUCUGGAAGAAAAACAAAAACAGGAAAAAAAAAAA